AUGCGCCCCUUCGUGUCCGACAGUCAACGUCGUCGAAUUCAACUUCUGGAGAAAGCACUAUCCACGGACGAACUGAUCAAUGAUUUUGGUGGGUUGGGUUUACAACGGGCUCAAGGAUUGUGGAAACGAUUGUAUUCUGGGCAAGUCCCUUUGACCCCGGUCACGGCAAACGCGCUGUUACUGGCUUUGGCAAAAGGUGGUGAUCUGACAGGAUGCUUUCAGGUUUUGGAUUCACUCCUCUCUCCAUCAUAUCCUAGCUCCAAAAAUACCCCGCCGUUUCAACCAGACAGCUACACCAUGACUGCCCUUUUAUCUGCUGUUCGUCCUGCUAGCAUUAGACGUCGAUUGGUUGCCGUAAAUGAUCCCUCACUGGUCCUACACUCUUCCCCAAUGACCGCAUUAGAUCUCUCUCUAACUAUCUGGCAUCGCUUACUUCCACACUUGACCGCAGUUCGCUGGGGUCCGCAGUGUUUUGUGUCUUUCGUGAAAGCCAUGUGUUCAGACUAUGAUCCUCUUCCCUCCAAAUCCACUGCCCACGUGCUUUUGUUUCAUCCACGAACUGGUCUUCGGACAACUCAAAUUACUGGAACUGGUGAGCCACAUGCCAACCUACUCAGUGAUUCAUCGGUUAAUGAUAUUCCGGUUCAUGAGUCUUCGUCGCUGUUGAAAAACUUGAUAGCGUUGAAUUCUGCGGUUGGUCAUGAGGGCGAACCAUAUCAACUAGCUGUUGUGUCUAAUCAACUGAAAUCGAUGUCCGGAGAUGAUCAACCACUCAAAGUUUUUCGUCCAGAUUGGAACGACUCCAAAUUGUCCAUCCAAAGUCCUGUAAACUUAUUUCGUCCUACAGACCAUGGCAUUCUGAUCAUCCCGCCUGAACGUGAAUGGCUUCCAUGGCAUCGCCUGGCCUUAGUUGGUGGACUGCAUGGAUUUUUAGAAGCUGUAGAACAAAAUUACCGGUCCACAAUUAGCACGCAAUUGUUGACUACUCUGAUCAGUCUGUUUCCCAGACCAGAUCUCGCCCACGACGACUCCGGUAUGGAUGAUUGGGAGAGUGAGCUGUUACAAAUUGCCCAACGUCGUCAAAUUCGCCUUGACAUGGGAUUCUUCAAUGCACUGAUAGAUCGCCGCGUUGUGGCUGGUCUAUCCGGUUCGUUGCUACUGUCGGAAGCGGUGCGCCUUGGUUUAGUACCAGAUCAGGUAAGCGCUUCGCGGUUUCACUUGUCAAGUAGGUUUUCGUUUCGGUCUAGUUUACUACAUUACUAA